AGUAAACAUGGAGGAUGAAUGCGUAAAAGCUGCGUGCUGGGUUGCCGGUGGGAAAAAAUGUGAAUUGCAACGAAAUAGGCCCUUCCUCGUGGUCAGCGAUUCUUGAAAACCUAAUAAUGUCGCUGAAAAAGGAGGCUGGAGCAGGAAAUAUUUUGCUAACGCCGCUACUUGGGAUGAAGUCGCGAAAGAGUGACAAGGAUAGCUCAAGCGCGCUGCACUCUUCGAUGCCUUCAGUGUGUAUUCUAACUUCGCGAUCGUCAAAAAAUCUGAUGGGAUUAGAGAGGGAAAGUGUCGAAAAUGCUACAGUAUCUCUUCAUCAGGUGAUUGAGCUUUAAGUAAUUUAACCAAAUUAGACGCAUUAAGUUUACGCGACUAAAUAGCUCAUAAACUCGGUUAAUUUCAUGUGACUAUCUGGUUAUUUCACGCGUUCUAGACUCAAAGCUCAAUAACAGAAAAAGCACAUGACAUCAUUUCACAUUAGACAGGAGGUUUUCAUUCCUCUUGAAAAACGUUAGGCCGGUUUAUACUGUCAUUGUUUUAUUUUCGAACUAACCAUAUUUUAAAUAUUGUGUUGUUUAUCUAUAUAAAUUGGGAAAAUUCGCCAGCGCUCGCGGGUGCAAAAUAAUAUUAUUAAUGUGCAGCUGCGAUAAUCAAAUUAAUGAUUUCUGAAGUGUCAGUUUUGCCGGAUCACUCUGUAACUUCGUUUAUCAUGUUCUCCAAUAACUGUAGGUUUUAAGAUUGAAAUUAUUAUACCCAUGAAUACAAAAAAUGAAAAAAUUAUCAUGUCUCUAAGCUUUAAUGUGAUGACGUUGCACUGAAUAUUUAUAACUUUUCAGACCUUUUCACUUGAACAAUAGCCGUUGGUAAUUCCAACAUUUACUUCCUUUAUGGGUGAUGUCUCAAUAAAUAAUUUAAGAGUAUUUGCACAAAAGAGAGCUGUCAUUAAUAUUCAAAAGCUUCUUAUAGGGCUACAUUUGUUUUACCCAAAAAUAAACAAGCCCAUUCUUUGCUGCAAUGGCCUUUUUUCGGUUGGCCCAAAUUAGUCAGUUAAUCCAGAUUUCCAUGGAUUGUUUAGCUACAUUCCAUAUUUGCAAAUAGUUUUUAACCAAUCAUUUUUGCAUCUUAUUGUACUGGGGAAAUAUUUGUGUAAGCGAAUCACCUACAUUAUUUUCUUGUGACCCUGAAGAUUUCAGUUUCCAUUUUAUUUUUGCUUUGCGGUAAAAACAAAGAAACAUUCUUCAUAGAAAAGCACAAAAAGUUGAGGUUUCAGGACAGGUGAUAUUGAUCCAUAUAUUUUUCUGAAGGCUUGUUUUCACAAAUAACUGAGUCAGAGUCUGAAUAUAUAAUAAGAGAUUAGAUCAUUAUGCUCUAGUGAAAACAGCUGUCUGAUUCCACUUACAACUCCGCUACGUACCAAUUAGGACUAGGCUUUCAAGUGGUGAGCAGAAGCAGAAGAACUAAACCAACCACAAAGGGUGGAAACAAUCAUUGGGAUUAGUUUUUCUGUUUCAGAAAAAAAAUUUGUAACUAUUGAUGUUUACCUUAUAUCAUUAAAUUAUUUGUUUACUGUGCUGUCGUUAGCAAUGCCAAUGUAAUACUGAAGCUUGAAUAUGUAACCACAUUCUCCUUCCCCCUCUGAAAAGUCAUCCUCUUUGUCAUAUCUGUCACAAAGUUGCCAUAUAUCAAGCAUUAGACACAGUGUUUCAUCAGCAGAUGAAACACCAAGAAGAGUUAGAAAUACGACAUGUGCGCAGCAGAGUAUUUUUGACGAACUUCAAGGUGCUUCAUCUGUUGAUGAAACACUGUGUCGAAUGCUUGAUAUCACUUCUCAAACAAAAUGAUUUUAGAAGGAGAAAUUAAGGAUGCAGAAAUGAGCAGUUUUUCUUCUGAUUUCCAAACACUCAUUAGUCAUUAAAUUUCUUUGUAUUUUCUUUAUGAACUGUUGAUGAGUUUGAGAAUGUUAUUUGCGUGCUGUUCUUAUUCCAGCUAAGGAAGAAAGAAGCCACACCAAAGCCUGUUUAUUUGUACCACUUUGUAAUUCCUCAAUUGGAUAAUAAUUAAUUAAACUAUUACCUACAAUGGCUACCCAGAUUCGAUUUGCAUGGCCUUAUUAAGCUUAAGUUGACCCUGAUUACCUCUGAAUAUAAAUAUGAACAUGCUUCUAGCACUGCAAAUGUCUUGAGAAAGGGAUGGGUUGUCUUGCCUUAUCUAAUGGUGUGUUCUUUUGUGAUAAUUACUGUUCUUACCAACAUUGAAGUUAUUCAAUCUGCUUCUAAAUUGAAGACAAAUAACUUUUUGUGUAACAGGCAGCAAGAGAUGGAAAGCGUGACCUUGUUGAGAGAAGACUGGAAAAGUUAGGAAAGGGAAGCAAGAAAAUCAAUAAGAAAGACCAGGACAACACAACUGCAUUGCAUUAUGCUGUGCGUUACAAUCACCUUCACAUUGUCAAGCUGUUACUGGAAUCUGGUGCAGGUAUGCGUAUAUGGCACACUGUACAUGUAAUACAAAGUACUUAAUGUGAUGUGUGAAGUGUGAUAUGUUUACUAUGUUUUCCUUGCCGUUAUAAUUAUAUUUCAUGAUUAAGAACAGUUAAGGAAGUUGAAAAUUAAACUAGAUUAAAAUAACUUUAACCUGUUCAAGUUCCUUUUUUAAACUUAUAGACAUUGAAGCAAAAGGAGAAGAUGAUGCCACGCCCCUUCACUAUGCUGCUAGAUUUCGUCCAGUCCCAAGAACCUAUAAUGGCUCUGCACGCCCAACACCUCAAGUGACCCCAAGUCCUAGCAUGGAAAACAUGAGUGAUGUUGGCUUGACUCUAAAGAAGGAUGAUAAGAAAAAAGAUGGGGGAUCAGGCAGUUUUGGGAAGGGGGCAAAAAGUCGCCUUCUAGGCUCAUCAUUAGGAACUAAACUAUUCAGCAAGGAUUUCUUAUCAUUGGAGAAAAGAAAUUCUAAUUCUUUCAUACCAAAAGAGCAGGCAUCUAAUGUUGGGGAGACUAUGAUAUUGUACCUUUUGUCUAGAAAAGCUAAUGUAAAUGCCAAGGACAGUUAUGGUUCAACUCCGCUGCAUUAUGCUGUUGCAAAGGGGAACCCUGAUGCUGUUCGAGAACUGUUGACUGAUCCAUGUAUUGAUAUUGAGGUAAUUAAAAAAAAGAUCUUUUGCAGUGCGACUACUGUAACUGGGACCAAUUAG